UACGUUAAAUUGUAUAGCAAGUUGUGUAUAAAUUGUCGUCAAAAAUGGAAAAGUCCGAAGUUGACGGACAUUUGAUGAAAAAUUCAAGGAAACUUUUGUAAGUAUUAUAUUCUAUUAGGGUAGAACUCCCAGGUCCCAGAGUAGAGUAAAAAACGAAAACACACCUGAGGUAAACUCUCUUGUUGGGAUAAUCUCUUAUAUGUAUAGUUUCGUCAUAAAUAUGAUUUCAUAACCAAAAAGAUAAGCUGUAAAUUUUUUCUGCAUACCAGUACUAGUAGUGGUGACUACUGAAAUGGAGUAAGCUGGUUGUGAUUGAAGAUCACGAGGAUUUAACAUCGAAUACGUAUUAAAAUGGAUAGUAUAACGUGCACUGGAAUAAAUGAUAGUAAUAAUUCAUCAUCGUCAGAUAAUAAUGAACCGUCUAAUAAGCAGUUGAUCCCGCAUGCUGUCUGCACGAUAUCAGUACUCUGCCUGAAUUGUAACACACUGUAUAUUGACGAUAAUUAGUUCAUCUUUAGCAAUAAAUAAAUAAUUUAUAAUUAUAUAUAUAUAUAUAAAAACAAAUAUAAAAGUAUAUAAAUGGCUGCCUACAUCAAUCGAACGGUAUCGAUGAUUGGAGGAGACAGCCAACUUCGUGCUAAUGAUAUUCGAACUGAUAAUUCUCCUCUUCAGAUUUUUGUCAAAGCUAAGAAAAAAAUAAAUGAUAUAUUUGGUGAAAUAGAAGUUUAUGUUAAGGAAACAGUUGACUUUAUGCAAACACUUCAAAAUGAUCGUAAUGUCAUUAGUACAGAAGAAGUUGAAAAUAUUAAAAGUUACAUUAACAGAGUACAUGGAAUACGUGAUGUCCUUAAGCGAGAUCACAUGAAAGUAGCAUUUUUCGGAAGAACAAGUAAUGGAAAAAGUACUGUGAUCAAUGCCAUGUUACGUGACAAAAUUCUACCAAGUGGUAUUGGACACACGACAAAUUGUUUUUUACAAGUUGAAGGUUCUGAAAAUGGUGAAUCAUAUUUAAUGACUGAUGGUUCUAACGAAAAACAAUCAGUUCAGUCAGUUGGUCAACUUGGACAUGCAUUGUGUAAAGAAAAAUUGUGCCAAAGCAAUUUAGUACGAAUAUUUUGGCCAAAAGACAAAUGCUUUCUUUUACGAGAUGACGUUGUCUUUGUCGAUAGCCCUGGAGUUGAUGUAACAGGCGAACUUGAUGGAUGGAUCGACAAACAUUGUUUAGAUGCUGAUGUUUUUGUUUUAGUUGCUAAUGCCGAGUCGACAUUAAUGGUUACUGAAAAAAAUUUUUUCCAUAAAGUAUCAACAAGAUUAUCAAAACCGAAUAUAUUCAUAUUAAAUAAUCGUUGGGAUGCAUCUGUAUCUGAGCCAGAAUUUUUAGAUGCACUGGUCGAUGAACAGAAAGAAGUAAGAGCACAACAUCAAAAUAUAGCUGUUGACUUUCUGGCACGUGAAUUGAAAGUUUAUUCACCAAAAGAUGCUGAGGAUCGUAUUUUUUUUAUUUCUGCUAAAGAAACUCUUCAAGCGCGUUUACAAGAACAACGUGGGCAACCUGCUCACAACGGUGCUUUAGCGGAUGGUUUCCAAAAUCGUUACUUUGAGUUUCAAGAUUUUGAAAGAAAAUUUGAAGAGUGUAUAUCUAAGUCUGCUGUAAAAACUAAAUUCGAACAACAUUCACAGAGAGGCAAACAUAUUGCUACAGAAAUCCGCCAAACAUUAGAUGAAGUAUUGAAUCGUGCUCAAAAGAUGCGUAUUGAACAAUUAACAAUUCAAAAAGAAGUUAACGAUAAACUUAAUUAUACUGAAGACCAAUUAGGAUUAGUUACUAAAGAAAUGAAAGAUAAAAUUCAUCGAGUAGUCGAAGAUGUUGAGCAACGUGUAUCAAAAGCUUUAAAUGCUGAAAUACGGCGGCUUUCAUCUCUUGUUAAUGAUUUUAAUGUACGUUUUCAUGCAGAACCACUCGUUUUAAAUGUUUAUAAACGUGAAUUACAUUCAUAUGUUGAGAGUGGAUUAGGCUCUAAUUUAAGGGCACAAUUAAGCUCGGUAUUAGCAUCAAACAUGGAUUCAUCGCAGCGAGAAAUGACCAAUCGAAUGUCCAGUUUAUUACCUGAUAGUAAACGACAACUAUGCUUAAAUAUUUUACCUAGAAGAGAACCUUUUGAAAUAUUAUAUCGACUUAAUUGUGAAAAUCUUUGUGCUGAUUUUCAUGAAGAUUUAGAGUUCAGAUUUUCAUGGGGUAUUACGGCAUUGAUUAAUAGAUUUUCUGGAAAACAAGGAAAUAGAUUAGCAAUUGCAAAUUAUCCUCAAGAAAUUCCACCAUCAAUAACAUCACCAACUGAUAGUAUAGAUUCAUUAAAAUAUGUAACAAAUCCAAUAAAUUUAUCACCACGUAACGACGAUUGGUCAUUAGCAUCACGAAUUGCAUUCGCUUCUAUCACAUCACAAGGAACCAUGGGUGGAUUAAUAAUUGCUGGAUUUAUGUUAAAAACUGUCGGCUGGAGAUUAAUUGCUGUAACUGGAGCUAUUUACGGAUCAUUAUAUCUUUACGAACGACUUACAUGGACGAACAAAGCUAAAGAACGUGAAUUUAAACGUCAAUAUGUUGCUCAUGCUACAAAAAAAUUAAGAUUAAUUGUCGAUCUUACAUCUGCUAAUUGUAGCCAUCAAGUUCAACAAGAAUUAUCGAGUACUUUUGCUCGUUUAUGUCACUUGGUUGAUGAAUCAAAUACAGAAAUGAAUUCUGAAUUACAAAAAAUAACUGAAACUUUAAGGUCACUUGAAACGGCAGUCACUAGUGCUAAAGUUUUACGAAACAAAGCAAAUUAUCUCGCAAACGAACUAGAAUUAUUCGACGCAGCUUAUAUUAAAUCGUUAAAUUAAAUUUAUGAAACCAAAUAAUCAAUUUUUUUUGUUAAAAUUUUUUUUUUUUAAUUCUGUAGUUUAAGAUUUUGAGAUUCUUAUAUUAUUUAUAGUGAUUUUUAAGAAGGAUAUUAUAAUCAUUACGGUGUAUAAUCAAUUGUUACAUUACAUUAGUUUAUGGAAUGUUGUUAUGAUAAAUUCUAGUCGUAAAAUUACCGACAAUGGAUUUAGAUUAUAUUAUUUAUAAUAUUUAAUAUGUUUCUUCAUUAAAUCUAUACUCAAAUUCUAUAACUGUUCGAACGAAAAUAAUACUUUCCUAUCUAUUAAAAGUCAAAACUUUUUGUUACCCUUCUAUAAUCAAUUACUUUUUUCUUGACUCAUCUAUUUUUUGUUCACAAAA